AUGGCUCAACUACCACCCUCCAAAGACUCUCCCAUCAUCAUCAUUGGGGCAGGCGUCUUUGGCCUCAGCACAUCCAUCCAUCUUGCCCAGAGAGGCUAUACAAACAUCACAGUCUUUGACAGUAAGCCUUAUGAUGAGACGCUGUACUCUUACUUUGACAGCUGUGACUCUGCAUCCUCUGACAUAAACAAGAUUAUUCGCUCAGCAUAUGGCUCUCAAACCGAAUACCAGGAUCUCAGCACCGAAGCUCUCUCUGCUUGGGCAGCCUGGAACGCAGAACUCAAGGCUGCCAACGACAACAAUCAUGAUGGAGAUGGCAUCAAAGGAAUAACUCCCAACAGCUCUCUCUUUAUUCCAAACGGCUAUCUUAAUUGCAGCGAUUCCACCACCCUCCCAAACUUCGAGAUUGCCACUAUUGAAAACAUGGAAAAGGCUGGACACCACGGCUCGCAGCUCAUCAAUAACAAACAAGCCGAUAUCCAGCUCGCCUCACAAAAGGGCAUCGAAUAUGCUCUCCAACCAUUUAGCAAAAAAGUCCUCGGCGUUCUCGACACUACAGGCGGCCAUGUCCUUGCCGACAAAGCCUGCAUUUUUGCUCUUCACAAGGCAAAGAAACUCGGGGUGCGCUUCAUCCUAGACCCCGUACUGGGCAAAUUCACCUCCUUCGCAUACGACUCAUCAUCGAACUCCACCACCAAAACCAUCACCGGUAUCACCACCGCGGACGAGAAACAUCACCCAGCAUCUCUCGUCGUCAUCUGCUGCGGCGGUUGGACACCAUCACUUCUACCGUCCCUCGACUCCCUUUGCGAAACGACCGCCGGUUCUGUUUUUAUGCUUCGUAUCCCGGAAUCGUCGCCCCUUCGCCAGCGCUUCCAUCAUUCGCGCUUCCCUUCUUGGUCGUUUAAUAUGCGUGAACAUGGUGCUGACGGAGGCCUUUACGGUUUCCCAGUUGAUGAAAACGGCAUCUUCAAGAUUGGGUACAGGGGAACCAAGUAUAUAAACCCUCAACAGCAAUACGAUGGACAAGAACGCAGCGUACCCGUAACCAAAUGGAGUGGCAAUCUAGGCGAGACUGCAACACCAGUAAUGAAUCAAGUUCCCGAACAAGCCCACAAAGUAGUCACCAAAUUCCUGGAUGAAUAUCUCCCCGAGUUGGGCAACGCUGGAAUCCACAUCUCAGAGAGCCGCCUCUGUUGGUACACAGAUUCUUUCGACAAUCACUAUGUUAUCGACUAUGUCCCUGGAUAUGAAGGUCUUGUAUGUGCGACGGGGGGAAGUGGACAUGCGUUCAAAUUUCUCCCCAAUAUAGGUAAUUGGGUGGUUGAUGUGAUUGAGGGUGUUGGAUUAGAGCGGCCUGCUAUCAAGGCGUGGAGGUGGAGAUUGUUGAAAGAUGGCGAUGAGCCUGUUAAUAAGCUGAUGGAAGGUAGCCAGGGGCAUCGAGCCCUGGUAAACACUCCAAUGGUGUCUAUUUAA